GCUUGGAGUAAUGGGCGUGCCGAAAAGUUUUUUGACGUGACGUCACGCUUAAUUUCUUUAUUAAAAAAAAAUAAAAGUGAGUUGCGUUUCAGCAAAAACGAAACUAAUCUCUUUCAGGGUACCAAACGGAGAAGGCAGGCGACGUACGACUCCAUCCAACAUCAUUAUGAGCACCGUGAAAUCCAGCUUGAAUAAAUGGCAGAAUAAGAAGCUCUGCUCAUUGUUAAACUAUGCCAACCUCAGCCUGCUGUUCAAAGCCAGUGUGCAUGGCUACAAUGUCAAUACAUUUCACCAAAAGUGUAAUAUGCAGGGACCAACUGUUAUUGUAGCUUACAAUAAGUCUGGAUAUGUGUUUGGAGCUUUUACUAGCAAGGAUUUUCGUCAAACCAACCAAAAUGUUGUGGAUGAAAAAGCUUUUCUCUUCAGCUUUAAUGACAAAGAAAUGAAAGAAGAUCCUACACGUGUGCUCAGUGGAAAUCCCCAGUUUGCUUUCACUGACACAGGUCCAAACUUUGGUUCUUUAGUGUUUCUUUAUAAUAACACGGCCACCGUCUACAGUAAUCCUGGAGCAUACCAAUUUGAUCCACAGCAAAUGCAUGGGAAUGACUUACAGCUGACAGAAUGUGAGGUGUACAGAGUGGAAGAAUAUGGAGCACUCAUGGAGAAACCAUGGAGAAAUGUGCAGUGGAACUCUGAGAGAAGAAAGGCACUCUUAAGCAUCAUCUAUGGUUGGAAGCCUUCUGUUAGCUCAGUUAAACAGGCUCGGAUCCUACUGGUGGGUCCUGUUGGUGCAGGAAAAUCAAGUUUCUUCAACUCCAUCAACUCUGUAUUCAAGGGUUAUGUGAGCAGCCAGGCCAACACUGGCACUGCUGGCACCAGUUUGACUACUCAGUUCCGUACCUACUACAUAAAGCCAGGCAGCGGUGUCAGCCAUGUUCCCUUCACUCUGUGUGACUCGAUGGGUCUGGAGGAGGGUUUGAACACCGGCCUGGAUGUAGAUGAUUUUGCCAGCAUUUUGAAGGGACACAUUCAAGACAAGUAUCAGUUUAACCCAUCGAUGCCUAUACAGCCUGACUCCCCUCAUUUCCGUAAAUCUCCUGGCUUGAAGGACCAGAUUCACUGUGUGGUGUAUGUGAUUGAUGCCUGCAAAGUCAAGCUCCUCCCAGACAGAAUGAUCGACAAGUUUGCAGUUUUUCGAAGGAAAACCAACCAGCUCAAUAUUCCCCAGCUGGUUCUGCUGACUAAGGUGGAUGAAGCCUGCCCCUUAGUGGAGGAUGAUCUAAAAAAUGUCUACCAGAGCCACUACAUCAACAAAAUGAUGCAGGAGGUUAGUGCUCAGCUUGGAGUCUCUCUGUCUGCUGUGGUCCCAGUGAAAAACUACUGCCAUGAACUGGAAAUAAACUCUCAAACUGACAUACUGCUUCUAAAUGCUGUUGUUCAGAUGCUCAGAGCCACUGAGGGAUAUUUUGAUGAUCUUUACAAUCCUGAUGAGCGGUCUGAGUAGAGCUCAGUCUAUUUUGCCCAUGGCUGACCUAAAGGUUCUGCAUGCAUUUCAGAAUUAGCAAAUCGUAUCUUUCCGUUUGCAUCCAUAUUUACUUGUUUAUAUUGUUUUAGGUCACAAGCUCAUCUCUUUUUAUGUAUUAUAAGGUCUGCUAAUAUUUCUGCUAUUACUUUGAACAUGCAAACUAUUUUUGAUCCAAACCAUGUAACGGGAUAUCAAAUAUUAAAAGCUUUUUUUCUCUGUAUUCAUGAACAGCUGUUGGUUUACAAUUUAAAUAAAGGCCAUUUUGUCA